AUGGCCCCCUCAGUCAUGGCAGACACAAAUACAGCGCUCAAACAUCGUUCAGAGCGAGAUAUACGUUCUCCAGACAUGGAAUAUAACUCGUCGGUCGAGGAUUUCCGAGAAUACGAGUAUCCCAACAUGGCACAAGGGGCUUAUCUUGAUCAUGGAGGAGCUACCAUAUAUGCGCGAUCCCUUAUAACCGGCUUCUCCCAAGCAAUGAUUGGAAACCUCUGGGGCAAUCCGCACUCAGAGAAUCUCCCGGCAAAGUUGUCGGGUGAUAUGGUUGAUAAUAUCCGGGCAAAAGCUCUUGAUUUCGUUGGCGCUGAUCCAAAGUAUUUCGACCUGGUCUUCGUCGCCAAUGCUACGGCUGCUAUCAAGCUCGUUGCUGACGCGUUUCGGGACAUCGGAGAGAAGACCCCUACCAAGGGCUUUUGGUAUGGAUGUCACAAGGAAUCCCACACGAGCAUCAUCGGGGUUCGCGCACUUACGUCAGGAGACUAUCAUUGUUUCGAAGAUGAUGAGAGUGUUGAAGAAUGGAUCUCGCGGCCUUUCAGCUGCCAGUCCCGAAGAGGAAAAUCGACCAGUCUGGGCUUAUUCGCAUAUCCAGGCCAGUCCAAUCUUAGUGGACGCCGGUUACCACAGGACUGGUCGAAGAGAAUACGGCAACACCCUCAGCUUCGAAAUGUCUAUACCCUUUUCGAUGCUGCGGCUCUCGCUAUGACUAGCUCCCUCAGCUGCCUGUUCCACGAUCCGAUGGAUGCACCCGACUUCACUUGCCUUUCGUUUUACAAGAUAUUUGGCUUUCCUGAUUUGGGAGCAUUGGUUGUUAGGCGGGCAUCUGGACAUAUACUGAACCUGAGGAGAUACUUUGGCGGGGGAACAAUUGCUCAGUUAUCCCCCUCAAAAGACUCCCGGGUCAUGAAGAAAGUUCCCGGGCUGGGGGAUCUGCACAAAAUAUGGGAUAUACAUGAAGGUGUCGAGGAUGGCACACUGCCAUUUCACAGUAUCUUGGCGCUUGGAGUCGCCAUUGAUACACACCUAAGGCUUUAUGGCUCAAUGGAUACGAUAUCUCGUCAUUGCUGUUAUCUCGCUCGCCACUUGUAUGAACGUCUCGUGGACCUGAAGCACCGAAACGGAUCUCCAUUGAUCGAGCUAUAUGUUGAUAGCCCAUACAUGUAUGGCGAUCCUUCACUACAAGGGCCAACUUUUGCCUUCAACAUUAUGAAAGAAGAUGGUUCAUAUAUCCCCUGGACGGAGGUAGAGAGGCUUGCCAAUAGCGCUGGAGUAUACAUACGAGCUGGAGGCGUUUGCUGCCCUGGCGGUGUCGCCAAAGCUCUGGACUAUGAGGACUGGGAAUGGGACAGGAUCUUCUCAAGCGGACACGCCUGUGGUUCAAGUGAGAUGGCAGUCAUACAUAAUAAGCCAACGGGAAUCGUUCGCGCGAGUCUCGGCCCCAUGACGACGAAGCGAGAUAUACAGGCCUUUACAUCAUUUCUCUCCAACGAGUUCAGGACAAAAAGCGCACCAAUACCACGAUUGCUCGGAACAGCAAAGGAUUUACCGGUACGGGAGAAGUUCCCCUACCUCACAUCCGAAAAGGAGUUUAGUGAGCGCGACCUUGUUUAUGAGCAUUGA